GUUUUAGGCUGUGCUGCAAGUAACCAGAGCUUUCUUCUGAACUUGCCUGGCACGGAACAAAACCAGUCCAUUAUAGAGAAACAAUAUCAUGAGGUGCAAUAACAAUUACACUUUCUUCAUUCUUCUCUCUUUUUUACUCAUAUCCAUCCUUGAUUCAAAAGCCCACACUCUCCCAAGCUGGUGUCAAACCAAAUGCGGAAAUAUAAAUAUUCCAUACCCCUUUGGAAUUCAAGAAGGUUGCUAUCUCAACGAAUGGUACAAAAUCAAAUGCAGAAACGCUACUUUUCCCUUCCUCUUCAAGGUGAACAUGGAAGUUGUGAAUAUCUAUUUGCCAAAAGAAAGAUAUAUGUCUCAGCCGUUUUUUGACAAGCCGUUAGACGAGCCAGACAUGUCAUUCGGGUCAAUUCGUCUCAAAAGCCCGAUAACAUCCAUUGGAUGUUCCAGAGAUGGAAAAGAGUCUGGAUCGGCUUUGAAUUUGACGGGCAGCCCUUUCUUUAUUGGAAAAGUAAACAGCCUUGUGACGGUUGGUUGCAACAGCAUGGCAUCGUUGACUAACAUCGAGCCGACCAAGGUGAGAUGCAAGCUAGAUUGCAUUACAAAGAAAGAUAUAUUACCUAGAAACAGCGUCCCUUUUUUGGGCAAUACCGAGUGUUCUGAUGAGGGGAUUACUUAUAUUACAAACAAUCCAAAUUGUAUAAGUAUUGAAGGGGAACGUAAAAGAAGCUGUGAUGGUAAUGGAUGCUGCAGCGCUAGUCUGUUGCAUGUUGACUCCCACCAGGUAGUCGGUGUCCAAAUAGAGAGCUUUGAUCAUGGGAACUCGACAAGAACUGGAUGCAGAGUCGCUUUCUUAACAGAUGAAGACUACACGUUCUGGAAAGUAACCAAACCACAAAGGUUUUUCGCUGAUGGGUAUUCUACAGUUAGGCUAGGAUGGGUCAUUCAGACGAAUAAUCUUUCCUUCUUGAACUCGCUAGGCUGCAAAAAUGGAGAUGAGUACUAUAGUGCUGCACCUAAUGAUAGAUACGGUACAAGUUGCGUCUGCGACAAUAUCACCAUUUCUGGGACCAGCUAUGCAAACUGUCAAUGCAGCGAUGGUUAUACAGGCAACCCAUACAUCUUGAACCAGUGCAAAGAUGUUAAUGAGUGUCUAGCAACUGACUCUACUGGAAGAUAUGGGGUCUGUAGAAGUAUCGACACGUGCGUGAAUGAGAUAGGGCAUUAUAAAUGCCUACGCGAUAAGACUGUACCAAUAUUGAUAGGAGUAGGUUCAGGUUUUGGUAUUUUAGUCCUAAUUGGUGGUACCUGGUUUUUGAUAAGGUAUCUCAAGAAGAGAAAGGUGGCUCAGAGGAAAAAGAAAUUCUUCAAACGUAACGGAGGACUAUUGCUGCAACAACAACUCAAUACAAGAGAAGGUAACAUCGAGAAGACAAUAUUAUUUAGCUCGAGAGAACUUGAAAAAGCCACUGAAAACUUCAGCGAAAGCAGAGUACUUGGACAAGGUGGUCAAGGCACUGUGUACAAAGGAAUGCUGGUAGAUGGUCGAACAGUUGCAGUAAAAAAAUCCCAAGUUGUGGAUGAAGACAAACUAGAAGAGUUCAUCAAUGAAAUCGUCAUUCUCUCCCAGGUCAACCAUAGACAUGUCGUCAAACUCUUGGGAUGUUGUCUUGAAACAGAAGUUCCUGUUCUGGUUUACGAGUUUAUCCCCAACGGUAACCUUUUCCAGCACAUCCAUGAAGAAUAUGAUGACUACACAAUGAUAUGGGGCGUGCGUCUGCGCAUAGCAAUUGAUAUAGCAGGAGCUAUUUCAUAUCUACACUCUUCUGCGUGUUCUCCUGUUUAUCACAGAGAUGUCAAGUCAACAAACAUAAUGCUAGACGAGAAGUAUCGAGCCAAGGUAUCUGACUUCGGUACUUCAAGAUCAGUCACCGUAGAUCAUACUCACUGGACAACAGUCAUAUCAGGCACCGUCGGAUACGUGGAUCCAGAGUACUAUGGUUCCAGCCAGUAUACCGACAAGAGUGAUGUUUAUAGCUUUGGUGUCAUCCUCGUUGAGCUAAUAACAGGCGAGAAGCCUGUAUUAACUCUUCCGGGGUCUCAAGAAAUAAGAGGCUUAGCAGAUCAUUUCCGAGCUGCCAUGAAAGAGAACAGAUUCUUUGACAUCAUGGAUGCUCGAAUAAGAGAUGCAUGCAAACCAGAACAAGUAAUGGCAGUGGCAAAUCUUGCAAGACGAUGUUUGAAUUCUAAGGGAAAGAAGCGGCCAUAUAUGACGGAAGUGUUUUCCGAGUUAGAGAGGAUAUCUUCAUCUCCCGAGAAUGCAUUGGUGAAGAUUGAAAAUGAUGAUGAUGGUGAUGAUGUAGAGGAAGAAGGAAUGAAUAUGAUAGAUAUAGCUGAGUCAUGGACCGUUGGUGUUACUGCUCCAGCCUUCAGUACUGUCGCUUCGCCUUCCUCUGCAGAUGUUCAACCAUUGUUUCCUCGUACCACAUGGUGAGGUGUGGAAAAGGGAAGGUAAUUCUGAAUAAAACGGAUGCUACUUUCAAAGAUUUGAUAUAUAUUGGUAAUUUAGAUGUUGUUGUGUUUGCCUUUGUCUUCUUCUCCUAAAAACACCGGAUCCUUCAUGUAUAAUGUUUACAUUCAAGUGGAAGUUGGUUAAUAAAACCAUGUUGGUUUGUUGGCUUCCUUGCGAUGUACUGUACAAACUAAAACCAUGUUGUUUUUUUUCUUUGACAAAAACUAAAAUCAAACAAUGAGAUGCUACAUUUUUC